AGUGUUUGAUCGGAACUCAUCAAUAACGCAAUGAGGUUUAAUUUCAUUAUCUCUACCUUUUGUUUCUUAACAAUCGUAAAGAUAGCUCAAUCAGCUACGUGUUAUUAUACAAUAGAUUUGAUUGGCUACUCGUGUCGAUUGAUGGCGAAUACAGAUGCGGAACCAAUUAAUUUGGUUAUCACUGGAAAUCAUGUCUUUCCGAAAGACGAUCAAGAUGUUGUUAAUAUAAGAUCGUCUGACUCUAAAAUUGAAUUCUUUCCAUCAAGUAUGCUAGGAAAGUUUCCCAAUUUAAAAUAUUUAACUCUGAACAAAGUCAGUAUGACAAGGAUUAAUACUCAAUUGUUAUACUGCCAAAAUCUACAGAAGAUAAAUUUAUUCAUCAACGGAAUUUACAAUAUUUCAUCUGGAGCUUUUGAAAGUUGCAUUAAUCUUUUGGAAUUGGAUCUUGGACGGAAUUCAUUGAACUCUAUUGAAACGGAAUCAUUUAAAGGAUUGGACAAGCUUGAGUUACUCUUCUUAGAUUCAAAUGACAUCCGAGAAAUUCGUGUAGGCGAUUUAAACGGUUUUAGAAAUUUGAGGCGUCUGCAAUUGAGUGGGAAUAAAAUAUCAAACAUAAAUUCUGGCGCAUUUGAUUCACUGUCAGAACUCGAACAUCUUUAUCUGGGAGAGAAUGAAAUUACGAGCAUUGAUUCGAGUCUAUUCAGCAGUUUAAGGAAUUUGAUAACUUUCUCUGUAGCUUCAAAUCAGUUGACUAAGAUAGAAGCUUUGACUUUUGAGAAUUUAUUGAAAUUGGAAAACCUUUAUCUCACUGAUAACAAACUUACUUCAUUACAUGAUAACACAUUUACGGGAUUAGAUAAUUUAGCGGUUUUACAAAUUGUAGCGAAUGACAUUGACUCACUUUCUUCGUUUGUCUUUGAAAAUUUAACCCGUCUUGUGAAUCUUGAAUUGACAAAUAACAAAAUAACAAGAUUGGAAUCUGAGACAUUCUGGAAUUUGGUGAACUUGUUUCGUCUUGAAAUUAAUAGCAAUUUAAUUGAUUUCAUUCAUCCCGAAGCAUUUUCGACAUUUACAAGACUUGAUGGUUUAUGGCUUGAAGAUAAUAAACUUCAGAACUUGGAAUUUUUGAAGACCGACGCUAUGAAGACUGUGACCUCUUUAGUGUUGGAAGAUAAUUUAAUUAAUGACCUUCCAAUGGAUACUUUCAAUUCUUUCGUUAGAGCUAGAACUUUUCAUCUUGACUUUAAUCAGAUUAAAGAAGUUCGGUCAUCUGCAUUUGGUGCUCUUCCAUAUCUUACAUAUCUGCACGUUGAGAACAAUCAAAUUGAGGUCAUUGAGAAUAAAUUCAUUGAAAACAUUCCGAACCUGAGCAUCAUUUUUGCAUCAAACAACACCUGCAUAAAUGAAAUACUCAGGAAUAUUACAUAUGAAAUGGAUCUUUUGGAAGAUUGUCUUAGUUCUGCACCAGUAUUUACAGCUCAAUCUUUUAUAACAAUCACGUCAAGUUUCGUAAUUUCACUGUGGAGUUUCAUGAAACUUUAAUAAUAAAUAAUAAAAACAUCUUUAUGAAAUUUUAAUACAACAGACGAUGAAUAAAUUUCUAUUUUUCACUCUCCGC